UCCCCGACAAGUUCAAGUUCAAGCUCAAGAGGAAACUUUGAAGGGGCUCCUCGUGUUGUGGUGUUUUGGAGGAUGACCGGAAGAGACAACAAUAACUGAAGGCUACAGAGGAAAGGAAAAUUAACGUGCAAAGGCCUAAGAAGCGAUACAAGGCGUGAGAGGUCUAUAGAAGAAGCGUGGAGCCGUGACCUUUGAACCCCCUGUGCUGACUCCUACUGACCUUGUUCCCGCGCCCUGUCCUUGUUUCCCUGCCCUGACCUUGUUUCCCUGCCCUGACCUUGUUUCCCUGUCCUGUCCUUGUUUCCCUGCCCUAUCCUUGUUUCCCUGCCCUGACCUUGUUUCCCUGUCCUGUCCUUGUUUCCCUGCCCUGACCUUGUUCCCCUGCCCUGUCCUUGUUUCCCUGCCCUGACCUUGUUUCCCUGCCCUGACCUUGUUUCCCUUCCCUGACCUUAUUCCCACACCCUGACUUUGUUCCCUUGUUUCCUUGACCUUGUUUCCAGUCCACCAAUAGACAGUCAUGCAGAGGAGAGCAGCCUCAGGGGUUGGUGCACUCUGUUGCUGGUGAGGGAGCAGCUUCCAGCAACCUUCAAGACUUAACACAUUACAAUGGAUGUCAGGCGGUCACAACGUGUAAAGAAAGGCAAGAAAACUCCCUCAGGCACAGUCACCACACAGAGCCCUCUCCUGGUCAGUGAGGAUAGACAUGAGGGACCUAAAGUGCCGUCAGAACCCUUAAGGAUGGAGGCAGAAGACACCCACACUAUUGACGACGAAGCCAAGGAGGAUGAAAAUUAUGUAGUCAAGAUAGAAACAGCAGAAGAGUACGAAGAGCAGGUUGAUGAUGACUUUGAUGAAGAGAUGAAGGUUGAUAUCAAGGAGGAAGACCUACAUUUCGAAGAAGACAGUUAUCUAACAAGGUACCAGAUACCACACACCAAGAAAGAGAAUGACCCGGAUGCUGUACAUACUCAGGAACAAGGUGAACCACAUCCAGACUCUGCUGAACAUCUGCGUCAGGAUCCAACCCCACAGCAUAGCCAUAGAUGGCAUGAGAUGCCUCGUAGGCGGACCACCCCUAUGCCCACUCAGGGGCCCCAGGCAAGCCAGGAUUCCCAGGACACCCAGCCUGCAGAACCGGAGGAGAGGUCUGAACCCGCGGAAGAGCUGCUCCCUGAGGUCAGCCUAUCCAACAUCGAGCAUCAGGACAUCGCAGGCCUGAGUGAUACCGUGCAGCCCAAGAAACGAUACCGCCUCAGUAAGAAGGAAAUAUCAGACUACAAGUUUACGCAAGAGCAGAAGGGGCAGAUCGCCGAAUUCGUCAAGGAACACCCUACUUUAUACGACAAGCGGGACAAGCAAUGGUCGAAUCCAAGGGCGAAGGAGGAACUUUGGAGGGAACUGGCACGGGAAUUCGAAAACUGUACCUUUCAUCAAAUACGCAAAUAUUUCGAGGCACGGCGAACCGACUUCGGAAAAAUAGAGAAGGAGAACAAGAGCGGGGCGGCAGCACGACAACGAACAACACGGGAGGAAGAAGUAAUGUCAAUGUGGGGAUUCCUGGGCGGUCACAUCAGCCACGAACCAACAAUACCAAGCGAGCAGUUCUCACCUGCACCUGACGGCGCCACACCAACAAUGGAAAUAGGCGGAGAAUCAUCCAGUGGUGACAUGUCGGGCCUCUCUGUAACUUCGAUUCAGCGGAGGAAGCGACUGCUGAAGCAGAGGAGGACCGAGAGAGGGGAGCGACGUGUUGGCACCUGA